AUGAACAUGCAGCUUCCUGUGUCGAUCCUCGGCGCAGGGCCAGCUGGGUUCGCCCUCGCCGCAGAUCUCCAGAGUCACGGGAAAAGCGUAUUAUUGUACUCGCAUCCAGAUCACACGCGGCAUGCAGACAGUGUAAAAGAAAAAGGCUGCCUGAGGGCGAGCGGCGCGAUGGAAGGCUCGACAAUAGUACAGCUCACCACCGACAUAAGUGAGGUCGUCGACUUCUCGAGGAUUCUGAUCCUGACGGUCCCGUCGACCGGACAGGAGACACUCCUGCAGGAGCUGAAGCAGUUCGACCUGCGCACACACACCAUCAUCGCGGUCCCGGGCAACCUGUUCUCGCUCGUCGCGGGGGCAGAGAUCGAGGUGGAAAAUAUCCUCGAGACAAAUAUAUCACCAUACUCCUGCAGAAUGGAGGACGGAGAACUGCGCGUGAUGGGCAGGAAAAGCAUCGUCUCCAUCGCGGCGCUGCGCAACGACGUGAGCCCGGCAUUCUACGCCGGCAUACAAGGCAUCUUCCCGAUGGAGCUCAAGUGGUGUAGCAGUGUCAUCGAGGUCAGCCUGUCCAACAUCAACGGGGUCUUUCACCCAUUGAUGAUGCUGAUGAAUGUCGGCCGCAUCGAGAGCACUGCGGGCGAGUUCAUGAUAUAUCGAGAUGGCCUCACACGCUCCGUCGCCAACGCUAUGCUCGCUGUAGAUCGAGUACGGAUGGAAGUUGGCGCAAAAUUUGGCCUUCGUCUGAAAAGCACGAUCGAGGUCUCUAAUGAGUGUUAUGAUCAGGGUUUCACCGACCUGGUGGACCUGGCGCAGAACUCACCACCGCACAACAAGCUCAAGGCCCCGGCCGAUAUUGAGAAUCGAAACAUUUCAGAGGAUGUGCCCGACUUGCUGGUCGCAUGGCACGCUCUCGCUGAGAAGCUCGGAAUAGAUGCGUCACCCAUUACGGCUGUCAUCAUCCUUGUCGAAAUGGCCACAGGGAUCAAAUACAUGAGGUUGGGCCGGAACUUGCGGAAGCUUCACUUAGAGGAUGUCCCGCGGGGUGAGCUCAUCGCAAGAUUUAGCCCAUGGCUGAUCGCACAGAAUGAGACUCGAUUAUAG